AUGGCCAACAGCACCGUUCGCCCAGAGAUUGACAUGUCUCACGAAGAAAAGCAUGAGCUCGAACAGAUUGAGACCAAGGACAAUGUCCAGUCAUCCCAGGACGCUAAGUUCGAGAAGCGCGUGCUUCGCAAGAUCGAUACUCGACUCCUACCUAUCCUUGGAUGUCUUUACACAAUCGCCCUCGUUGACCGAUCCAACGUUGCCGUCGCUCGCAUCUCCGGCAUGGAUGAGGACCUCGACCUCGCCGUCGGUAACCGCGUGUCUAUCGUCUUAAUGGUCUUCUUCAUCGGGUACAUCCUCUUCGAGAUCCCCAGCAAUGCCUUCAUUCACAAGCUUGGUGCAGCAAACUGGCUAGCCUUUCUUGCCUUCGCCUGGGGUUUGGUGUCCCUUGGCAUUGGCUUUCUCAAUAACUGGGCAGGACUCGCUGUGCUGAGAGCUCUUCUUGGUGUUUUCGAGGCUGGCUUCUUUCCAGGCUGUGUGUAUCUUGUAUCGUCCUGGUACAAGCGAUACGAGGUACAGAAGCGUAUGGCGGGCUUCUUCUUGACAGCCUCUGCGCUGUCAGCUUUCGCCAACAUCCUCGCAUAUGGCCUCAUUCAGAUCUCCAAGACUCAUCAUUACAAAGGAUGGCGCUGGAUCUUCAUCGUCGAAGGUGCCAUCACAGUCGUCGCUGGCAUCGGCUCAUGGUUCAUCAUCGUCGACUUUCCCGACUCCGAUAAAAACACAUUCCUCACCCCGGAGGAACGAGCCUUUGUCAAAGAACGACUAGCCGAGGACCGCGGCCCCGAAGAACGAGAAAAAGUGACCAUGAAGAUCAUUGGGCAGACAGCCGCUGACUGGAAGCCCUGGGCCUAUUCGCUAAUGUACAUGGCCGGCGCCGUUGGAGUGUAUGCUUUUUUGUUCUUCCUGCCUAUUAUUCUACGAGGUGGUCUUGGAUACUCCCUUGAGCUUUCGUUCAUUCUGAGUACGCCUCCAGCACUGUUUGCUGUCGUUGAGGCGAUGAGUAUCUCGUGGCUUGCUGAUAAGACGAGACUUCGAGGCCCGUUCGUCAUCUUCCAAGGUCUGAUUGGCAUCAUUGGUCUAUGCAUGACUGGAUUCCUCAAUUCGCCUACACCUCGCUACGUUGGCACAUUUCUCGGCGUCGCUGGUGCUAAUGGUCUCGUGGUGACGACACUUGCGUGGCAGGCCAACAACAUUGUCGGUGAUGCUCGUCGCGCUGUAUCCACUGGCUUCCUCAUUAGCAUGAGUGGUGUUGGUGGGAUUUACUCCAGCAUGGUAUUCCGCCAACAAGACGCACCAAACUACAUUCCUGGACUCGUCGCUGUCAUGGCCAUCAACGUGGCUGCCGUUGUGGUAGCCGCGCUAACAAUGCUUAUGCUCCGCCACAACAACAGACAGGCAGAUCAAGGGAAGUACCUAUGCGAGGGUCGAGAAGGAUUCAGAUAUACAUUGUAG